UUAGUCAACUUCAACCACAAUCGCAACUUCUCGGGCUCGAGUGACUAGUGCGCAUUAAUAUUUUCCUCAACAAUGUCGUAUCUGAGUGCACCGCUGGGAAGACUAGAAUGUUCAGAAUUGUUCAGUUUGUCGUCAUUAAAGCUGAAACUUUGCGAUGCAGGUGUCAAAGAAGCAAUAUGCUUUUCCAAGGCAUGCGUGCAUGCUGCUAAGAUGUCUAAGAAGGUGUACGUCUUCACCGAGAUUUUUGGCAAGGGACAUCAUAUGCUAUUGCAAUAUAUGAUGAAACAGGACGGAAGUGAUGACCCUUUACUACAAAAACUAAUCUCCUACACUUCGAAUUUGAAAGAAGCAACCAAAGCACUGCAGAAUGUAUCUGGAGGAUCAAGAGGGAAAGAAAGUGAGACAGAGUGGGCAGCAAGACUUGCUGUCCAUUUUUUUUUACCAUUAUCAUUGGUCCAGGACUAUAUUCUAGACAGUUGUAGCAGCCAUAAAGUCUUGGAGUGCCCCUGCUCCUGCAAAUCUCGUAUAAAUUAUGGUGACACAUCAAUUGGUCAUCCUAAAACAUGGUUUGGACUUUUUGACAUAGUGAUUGGAAAAACUUUGAGCCCUCAAGAGAGAAAUAAGAGAAGAAAACCUGAAACUGAAGUACACAUAGCAGCUACUGUAAUUCCUGAGGAGCCUGAUGAAGAGUCUGAGACAUUACUUGAAAGUUCAGAAGAUAACCUCUCACAAAUUGAGGUUAAGUUUGAAAGCCUUCAUAAGUUUUUUUCACAAAUUGCCUCUCAAAGCAUAGUUUUUUCAUUCUAUCAGAAAAAAUGUAAUUCAGCUGUUAGUAUUGUGCCAUCCAUUGCAGUGAGCAAAACUCAUGUGCAGUUUCAUUUUUAUGACUGUGAGAAAGACCUUUAUUUUUUGAGUCGGGAAAUGCCAUUGUUUUCUGAGGAUGACAAUGAAUUACUUCUGGAAACAGUUAUUGCAACAUGGUUAGUUUUAAACUAUAGACAUCUGUUGUCUGGACCUACAGAGGGAAUGGUUAAGGGUGAAAAGUUUGGUUUUCAUUCAAAUGUUUCAGAUGAAGUAUUGAAUCUGUACAGAAAUGAAAUCAAAAUGGGUAUAACUAAGAUUAAAACUGAACAUUUGGAUCUUAAGAGUGGAUUGUAUUAUCAGGGUGUUAUUGUGGAUGCAAGUGACACCUUAAAACGGAAAAAGAAUAUGAAAAAGCAGCAGAGUUGAAAAUUAAAAAAAUUUCCAACUCUGUCGCAUUUUCAAGUGAACUUUUCUGAUCAGGCAUUGUCCGUUGUCCGUCCGUAAAUAGUGAGCGAUGUGGUUCAAACCUCCAAGAUGGUGUGUCUUUAGGAAGAGGGUGUGCAGUGACCUUGAACCUUGAGUAAAUUUAAACUUUUGGGAAAAAUAUUGUAUAGCUAUCUUAAGCUUAAUCAUACCAUUUAGUAAUGUCAAUGAAUUAUGGAUAUGCAGUGACUAUUGGAUCAAAUUUCGUUAUUCUGUGGGUAGAACAAAACAAGCAAAACUUUUUUCAGUGAAAAUAGUCUCUUUCAAAAUAAACUUUUUGUGCUACAUAUAUUGUACUUUGCAGUUAUAUGUCCUUUGCUAAAAGCAGGGCCAAUUUGAGAUUGUAAGUAUUAACGAUGUCUAGUUACUUUAUAUAUUUUUUACAUUUGGAAAAUUAAAAUUUUUAAAAAGUUAAAUAGAUACAUUAUAUUUAUGUACAUAUGAUUUUUUUUACAUAUAUAUUAUUAAAUUGGAAUGUAAUUUUAAUAAAUAUGUCUGUAUAUGUCUGUAUAUAUAACCAAUCAUAUAGAAAUAAAUAUGAAAAUAACAAA